AUGGGUUGUGGUUAAUCAUCUGCUUCAUUUUUUGAGUCCAGAGGCCUGAUUUACAUAUAUUAUGGUACUACAUCUGGUAACUCGAGCCGAUUGGCCUUCUAAUUUGCUAGUCAAACAAGAAAAUUGAACUUUCUCCCUAAGGGUAAGGAUGUUAUCUAAAAUUUAGUAAUUAAUCUAAGUGAAUUUGAACCUGACUAAAUAAGCUAAUAGAAGUUGGCGGUGUUUUUUGUCUCGACAUAUGGAGUCGGAUCCUCUUCCUCUGAUGCUUAAAAAUUCAAUUCUUGGAUUUUUUCUAAUGAGAGAAAGAAUGAUGAAUUCAAAUCUAUGUCAUAUAUUGUAUUUGCCCUUGGAAACACAAAUCAUGAGAAUUACUGCUAAUUUGGAAUUAGACUAGAUAAAAGAUUAGAGGAACUAGGAGCAAAAAGGCUAUUUGCUUUAGGGAAGGGUAAUGCAGCUGAAAAUACAACUGAGAAUGAUUAUCAAAAUUGGAUAAACACAGGAGUUGAAUAAACACUGGUUUAAGCAUAUCCAGCAUAGACAUGUGAUCCCAAAAAGUUCGAAUAAUCAAUUUAAAAGAUCAAAUAUACAAAUGAACCUGAAAAUGAAAAUCUUGAAAAUUUAGAUUAUUAGGCAUAAAAGUAUAAAUCUAGUAUUACCUUUACUAUCAAUGAAAUAAAAGAACUAAAAAAGAAACCAACUCUGGGAAACUCUACUUUAUUUAUUGAUCUUAUUGCUGAUAAUAUCAAUUAUAAAACAGCUAGCAAUAUUGCCAUCUAUCCUUAGAACUCAGAGUAAUAUUUUUAUAUUAUUUUUAGUCAAGAUAUCAAUGAAUUAUGCCAUUAACUUAGAUUUGAUAAAAACAUGAAGUUUGAAGUCAUCACAACAUCAAAGCAUCCAUUUCCAAAUCCGAUAUCAAUCUAAAAUUAUUUAAGAAAGUAUUGAAACAUUCAUAAACUUAGAUAUUGUGAUUUUACUGGAUUGAUAACUAAAAAGCAAUUAAUGGAAUUAUCCAAUUUAGCAAUCAAUAUUUAAAGCAAAGAAGAGUUAUUGAAAGCUUCAUCCUUUGAAGGAAGAGAAUUUUAUGAAGAAAAUUUUCAAAAAAAGAGAGAAAGCUUGCUUACUGUUAUAAAAAAAUACAACAUACGCAAUUUAUCUAUCGAAUAAUUAUUAGAAAUCUGUCCUCUAAUUACUCCUAGAUUUUUCACUAUAGCAUCAAGCAAUAUGAAAUAUCCAAAAAAUGUUCAUAUUUUGGCAAGUUAACUUGUUUUGCAUGAAAAAAGACUUGGACUUUGCAGUUAAUACUUCUCAAGCUUAAAAAAAGGAUCUAUUGUUAAAGGGUAUCUUUCAGAGUCAAAGUUCAUCUUCCCAAAAAACCCUAAGGUUCCUGUGUUAUUAAUAGGACCGGGAGCAGGAUUGGCACCGAUGAGAGCCUUGAUCUAAGAAAGAGAUUAUUAUUUAGAAUAAAAUAACUUAGAUAGGUCUCCUUUCUAAGGGAAUAUGGAGUUAUUAUUUGGCUGUAGAACUGAAGAUGAAUACUUUUUUGAGGAGGAACUUAAAAACUAUGAGAAGAAUGGUACUUUGAGUAAUUUGAAAGUGGCUUUUUCAAGAAAGGAAGUAAAAUAAUAUGUGACAGAUAUUAUGGAUUUAAAUUAAAUACAUUCCCAUUUGACUAUGGAAGGAAUGAUCUAUAUUUGUGGUUCUUCAUAAAUGGGUAGAGACAUUACAAAUAGAAUUCAGGAUAUGUACAAGUAAAUAGAAAAUAUUGCACCUUAUUUGGCAUUUAAAAAGAUAAGCGAGUUAGAACAAAAAUAAUAGCUAAUAACAGAAUUAUGGGGAUGA